UCACACACACACCUCUUGCACCUUGUUCUGCUUUUCUUAAAGACCCCUCUUCGCUCAUCGCAGACCACCCUCCCCUCCCCCGGUCUGUCGUCCUCUUCUUCUGUUCGCUCGUUCUCCUUGCUUCUUACAUUGCUGGCUGGCUUGCCCCAUAUUCUAAAUAUCUGUACGGUACACUUCUUCACAGCUUGAUUUAUAUAUACAGCUCCCAGCACUUGCGGAAGGUCUCGACUGCACCUCCCGUUGAGAGAGGUGGCGCCCGGUGCAAUGUUGUCCAUGCAGAAACCCUCCAUUUUUGCUCUUCCUUCCUCUUCUCCGUCUACAGCUGCAUCCACCUCCUCUUCUUCCUCUUCAGCCUCCUCUGAUAGCCAUCACCUACCUCAUGCUCUGUCAUCAGCGCACCACCCGACCGCUGUUCGUCGCGACUCCGCCCGCUCGGUGGUUUUCCCCGAAAUUCCCCCCGCCUUUGUCGACUGCCCAUUAGUCGAUGACUCCUCGCUUUCCCAUCGCACCAGUAUUAGCACCACCGACGAUCUCUCCAAUGACUCGCCGAGUUCCUGGGAUGGAGAUGCUCCCUCCGACAAUUCACCCACUGCGCCAACCGCCGACAUGGACUUCAAGAUCCAUGAUGGGUCACAUUCACACCACUAUCACCAGCACCACCACCCGUUUGCUGCGACCGGGGUGACCGCAAAAACCUUCCGACUGAACAUUUUCUCGCACUACGCCGAUCCAGCCAUGACUGAGGUAGCCCCUAAAAUCGAGGAACUGGAUGAGGUGGACGACCUGCAAAGUAUUAAACCCGUGGGGGUGGAGACAACAAUCAACUCGAUGGCCAAUGCGAGCUCUGGUCAUUCGGAUUCCACGGCUGUUCCCGUUCAUGUCCCACGGAAACGUGGACGACCGCGCAAGCAUCCGCUGCCAGCGCCCGGGGGUCAGGUCAAGAUCACCAAAGGUCGAUCCAAAACUGGCUGUAUUACUUGCCGUCGUCGGAAGAAAAAGUGCGAUGAGACCAAACCAGCCUGUCUGAACUGUCAGAAGAACGCCGUCGUUUGCGAAGGGUAUCCGCCGAAGGAGAUCUGGAAGAGUGGCAAGCAAAAACUCGAGGAUGCAGCUCGCACCAACUCCAUGGUUUCUCGCAGCCUCCCGUUGUUGAUCGAUGGUAUCGAGACCGAGAUCGAUCGUCGGUUCCUAGAUCACUUCGUCUACGGAUUCAGUCGGGUUCUGACCUUAAUCAACGAUGACUCUAAUCCCUUCAAAGAGAUUCUCCUGCCCAUGGCCACUCAGCACCGCGGGCUGAUGCACUCCCUCAUGUGCUUGUCGGGCUCUCAUCUCUCAGCCCUUGAUCCAGAGCCUAAGCUGAAGGAGCGGAAAUAUUACCAUUUUCAUCGUGCCAUACGCGAUCUCAAGGACAAUAUCAACGCCUCGUCAAGUGGAACAGUAGAGCCAGAGCUCUUAGUGGAGGAUCCGAUCAUUGCCUCCACCAUCGCCCUCAGCCUGAACACAAUCUGUGAAGGAGAAACCAACGGCGAGUAUCGGCCACACAUGGACGCUGCACGAUUUCUCUUAACCACGCAACAGCCACGGAACGAGAAGUUUCGACAAUUUAUUGUUGAAUUCUUCCAGUACCAUGAUGUAUCGAACUCGAUCACUUCACUGGAUCGCCGGCCCGCUCACUUGCAGGGCGACUUACGGCUUCCCGACUUUGUACCGCAUGCCCAGGCCGGAAUGUUCCUUGGUGUUUUCGACGGAUUGUUCAAUUACAUAUCCGAAGUGACUCGACUACGGGACCGCAUCCGUCAGCGAUUUGACGAGGGGUAUGAGCCGGCAGUGGAUUAUCAGAUCCUCGGAGACGCUGUCUCAAUAGAUUCGGCCAUUCGAACCUGGGAGACAUCUUACGCGGCCAACACUCCGAAUUACUAUCUAGCGCAGCUCUAUCGGCAGUCAACCUGGGUCUACCUCUACCGAACUAUUCGGCCAUCCCGACCGAGUGAAAAGAUUGCUCAGGUCGUCGACGAUGGUCUGGCAUAUCUAGAUCAAAUUCCCCAGGAUGCAGGAGCAUUGUGUAUUGUACUGAUGCCCCUAUUCCUGCUGGGAUGCUCGGCCUUCCUGCCUCGCCAACGUGAGCGAAUCAAGAAGGGGUUUGAAUCUCUCAAAGCUUACUCCAACCUCCGCAACAUCGAGCCCGCUUUUAAGGUCGUGGAACGAGUGUGGGAAGUCAUGGACACCAACUCGGAAGAGAGCUGGGAUUGGGAGAAAAUUAUCAAAGAGAUGAAUAUGGAUUUCUUGAUCACAUAGGCAAGACUUCCUUGAACCUUUCUAGCAUUCGUUGGCUGGCUUGAUUGAGCACAUGGGCCCUUGAAAACAGUACAGCAACGCAUGUGUGUACUUCUGUGGUUUCCAUCCACAUUUUUCUUUUUUUCUUUCCCCCCCCCCUCUUUCUCAUCAUUCACAAUUUUUCGGCUGGCGAACAGGACAACUGGACAGUUGGGACGGAAAGGCCCUCAAAAUGAACA